GCAUUGAGGAAUUUCCUCAUAUCAGCUGGAUUAUUGGAGCCCCCAGAGAACGACUCUCAUUUGAAACAAACGCUGGAUAUCAUCAGGACCCUGGCGGGGGUAGGAGCCCCUGCCAUUUUCAUCUUUUUCCCUCUCCCUCGGUUUUAUUUUUAUUUUUUGGGGGUUUAUGGAGUUUUUUUCCCUAACCUUCUUGCAGUUCCAUUCUCUGUGACCACUCCCUCUCAUCAGAAAGAGAGAGCUUUUGUGUCACUCCAUUUUUAGAUCUCCUCACUCCAUUUUACCAUGCUUUGCCAAUGUUCUUCCAAGGGUCCCAGCAUGCAGAGUUCAGAAGGCGGGUCAGACUCAUCGUCCAGUGUGGCGCUGCGUACGUCUACCUCCGCCCAGGCCCCUGUGGUGCAGCCCGUCCCGGCCUCACAACAGAGGGUGCUGGUUCAGACCACAGGCUCACAGAAGGGAGCACAGGUGCAGCAGCUGCCAGUCCCUCGGGUGCAGCAGGUCCCUCAGCAGGUGCAGCAGAUCCAGCAUGUCUAUCCCUCCCAGGUCCAGUAUGUAGGAGAGGGGGGUGAAGCAGUUUACGCUAAUGGAACCAUCCGGACUGCCUACUCCUAUAGCCCAGAUGCCCAGCUGUAUGGACAGGGCAGCGGAGCAACCUACUUUGACUCUCAGAGUGGCGGUGCCCAGGUCACCACAGUGGUCUCCUCGGCCAGCGGCAUGCCUUCCCAUGGCAUGGUGGGCAUUGCCAUGGAUGUGGGAGGUAGUCAGAUCAUUUCCAGCGGCAGCACCUACCUGAUCCACGGUGGGGGCAUGGAGGGGGGUCGCCACCACACCUCCCACUCAUCCCGCUCCUCCUCCGCUAUGCUUGAAAUGGCGAUUGAAAACCUCCAAAAGUCUGAAGGGAUUGCAACUCACAAAAGCAGCCUGCUCAACAGCCAUCUGCAGUGGCUGCUGGAUAACUAUGAGACUGCAGAGGGCGUGAGUCUUCCCAGGAGCUCCCUUUACAACCACUACCUACGCCACUGUCAGGAGCAAAAACUGGACCCGGUCAACGCCGCCUCGUUCGGGAAACUUAUCCGCUCUGUGUUUAUGGGCCUCAGGACCAGACGUCUUGGGACUAGGGGCAACUCCAAGUACCACUACUAUGGCAUCCGGCUGAAGCCUGACUCACCACUCAACAGACUGCAGGAGGACUCUCAAUACAUGGCCAUGAGACAGCAGCCUGUGCACCAGAAACAGAGUCAUCCUUUAGUUCUUCCUAGCCCCACCCAACAUAGCUGUGCUGCCCUCUCCCCUCUCUGUAGGUUCAAGCCCCUCCAGAAGGUUGAUGGCAUGGGGGAGAGCCUGUCAGGAGGCUCCCAGCACUCAGCCAGCACCCCAGAGCAGUCUGUGGCCGCCCAGAGCCAGCACCAUCAGCAGUACAUUGAUGUCUCCCAUGUCCUGCCCCCGUUCCCCAGUCCUGACCUAGGCACCCAGCCACUCCCAGAACGCAUCAACAUGAAUGACGUGAAGAAGCUGCAGAGCCUGUACAGAGACCACUGUGAGGCUACUCUGGAUGUGGUGAUGAACCUCCAGUUCCACUACAUUGAGAAGCUGUGGCAGACCUUCUGGUAUUCAACAGCACCAUCUAGUGAUGGAACCACCACCAUCCCAAACAGUGAUGAGGACAUGGAGGGGGUGAUCCCCAGGGAGAAGCUGAUUGCUCUGUGCAAGUACGAGCCUGUGAAGCUGUGGAUGAGGAGCUGUGACCACAUCCUGUACCAGGCCUUGGUGGAGAUCCUCAUUCCUGAUGUGCUGCGCCCCGUCCCCAGUACUCUCACUCAGGCCAUCCGCAACUUUGCCAAGAGCCUGGAAGGCUGGCUGACCACAGCUAUGAGUGACUUUCCCAAUGAGAUUGUCCGCACCAAGGCGGCGGUGGUGAGUGCGUUUGCCCAGACCCUGCGCCGGUACACCUCUCUGAACCACCUGGCCCAGGCGGCUCGUGCCGUCCUCCAGAACACCUCCCAGAUUAACCAGAUGCUCAGCGACCUCAACCGCGUAGACUUCGCCAAUGUACAGGAGCAGGCAUCGUGGGUGUGCCAGUGUGACGAGAGCGUGGUCCAGCGACUAGAGCAGGACUUCAAGGUGACCCUGCAGCAGCAGAGCUCUCUGGACCAGUGGGCUGCCUGGCUGGACAACGUGGUCAACCAGGUCCUCAAGUCCCAUGAGGGCAGCCCCAGCUUCCCCAAGGCUGCACGACAGUUCCUGCUUAAGUGGUCCUUCUACAGCUCCAUGGUGAUCAGGGACCUGACCCUGCGUAGUGCAGCUAGCUUCGGCUCCUUCCACCUCAUCAGGCUGCUCUAUGAUGAGUACAUGUUCUACCUGGUGGAGCACCGUGUUGCCCAGGCAACCGGAGAAACACCCAUCGCUGUCAUGGGAGAGUUCAGUGACCUUAACUCGAUGAUGCUCAUGGACAAAGACAACUCCUUCUCAGACGACAUGAGUGACAUGGGCAGCGACGAGGGCCGAGGGCCCAACGAGCCGGCCGUGAAAAGGGAGAGGAUUGAAAUCAACCACUCGCUGCAAGAGAUCUAAGACCCCCCCUCAUCCUGCCCACAACCGCUAGGAGCCCUGCUGACCUGACCAGUACACUGACAGGGGCCGGCCCAGCCCACUACACACAGUGUGUUGACUGUACAUAGUGAAGAGCAGUAGGCUCAGCGCCGACCCUAACACCCUUCCUAGUUAGUGUCUUUAAAGGGGGGCAUGUAUCCCAGGGAAAAUCAGUGACUGCUUGCCAUGGGGGGCUUGUUUGACCUAACAGGAGAAUACCGUUUUAAUUUCUCCCCGUUGUUUUGUUCUGUUUUGCAACUGUGAAUAAGGAUGACUUUGUGCAGUACCCAUGUUGGAUAUGUGUAUCGCUGUACGAGUGUUGUGCGUUUGUUUGUGUGUGUGUGUGUGUGUGUGCGUGUGUGUGUUUCUAUUCUUCUAUUAGCUGUGCCAUAGUGUCAUUUCAGUGCCUUAGAUGAGAACUCAUUAACCACCAAUACUACAGAUGUCUAUCUCCUCCUUCAGCUGUGCCUCUACUGCAGUAUGAAUGUAUUGUUUCAGAACCUCAGACCUUCUAAAGCACCUUGUAAACCUCUAGGUGUAGGAAUAGGUGUUGCCUCUGCUGCUACUGGCAGCUCAACGCACAUUGAUGCAACCCACUGACCCAAAGGACUCGGCCCUCUCCCACCAGCGUAGAGCCUGAUGCAGGAAACACCCUGGUCUCAUAGUUGAUAGGAAGGCAGACAGUAACCUCUGUCUAACACCCUGGCUGUAUGAGAUUUACCUCGUAUUUUUCUAUGCUGAAACUGUUCUUACGAAGCAACUAUAUAAAAAAAAGAGUAGCCAUCCAAAAUGUAAUGAUGUCGCUUCACAGCAACUCCAGUGCUCAAGGGCUGGUUUAAUUGGUCCGUUAUUGUAGAUACCUGGGGUUGUUUCUAGACAUCACACCCCAGGAUUGGGGACCAGCCAGCUGCAUCUAUGAUAAAACAUUUGGAUAUGUUCAAAAUGUUGAGACUGGGUGAUUGUUCAGGAACCACUAGAUACAUAGCAUAUAUAAUCUACCCUCUAGGUCAACUAGAGGUGUCUGGCAUCCAUUUUGUGGAGCCGAAUGUCUGGCCCAAACUGGGCCAUUUCCAAUUUAAGGGAUGUUACAUUUAUUUGUAUUCACCAAAACGCGAAAGUGCGUUGGACCUCCAAAGCCAAAACCUUCAAAAAUAAAUCUUUUUUUUCAACCGGAUUCUCUUUGAGUGCAGAUAGUAAGGCUGUUCCCCGAACACCUACUGUUACAGAAGUGAACUGAUUCCAUCUUGAAUUCAGAAUAUCCCAAUCCAUAUCCAUCAGUUCCUAUUGCUUGAUAUAUGAAAAUGCAAACAGCUAUUGAGACCGUUGCUCCAAAACUAUUACACAUUAUAUAGCUGUGCAAUUGUACUGUAGGAGGCCUGAAUGUGCGAACCAACAAACUGUUUAACUUUGAUAUACAAAUCUAUUUCUCAAUAUGAUGUAGAAAUGUGUUCAUUAAUGGCCUUCAGUAUCAGCUGGUCUUUAAUAAUUUCUCUCCCCAUACUGUAGUUUGUUUUUAAGGGGAAGUCCUUGCUUUGAUUCUUUAGUGGUUGGGACUGUGUGAUGUUGACAUUGUAUUGUUUGGAUCAUUUUCUGCAUCAUCUGGUCAACACAUCAAUAUUAAACUGUAACAUUGUUGAUAUUUGGGGUGUCAGUGCCCAAUUAAGCUAUGAAAUACCAUAAAGAGCAUCUCCAUUUCUAUUUAUAAAUAUAACUGAUUUAAUUGUUGACAUUUUUUAUUUCUAAAUACUUUUGUGUUUCCCCUUUUCACCCUCAGAUUUUUUUUAGUAGCUAUGAGAAUCCUGAGCUUGAGUUAUUCAAGGCUUUUUGUUAACUCGUGCCUGUCACAGUACUUUGCCUUUAAGUGCUUUGGAAAGUAAUUUCUGUGUACUUUGUAACGUUUUUUUGUAAUGCUGUUUAGACUUGGCUAAGGAUGAUUUUUUUAUUGAACUAGAUCUGGUUCUUCUUACAAUUAUUGUAUAUUGAACCCUUAUUUUUAUGUAUUUUUAAACCUGUUCUUGACUACACUUUACCUAGCCUAAGGGCAGACAACGGUCUGUAACAAACUGCAUUGUUCGACUGUAUUUUGUACUGGUCAAAAUGUGUAAUAAAUCGGUGUGAGCCAUCUGUUUUUA